GUGACCCCGGAGAACUGGUCGGGAAACGAUGGCUUUGAGGUUGACUGGGAGGUCUCCAUGGAGGCCUGUGCAGAGCUUCGGCCUCUGACGCUUCAGGGCCGAGGACACGUUACUCGCCGCUACGUUGGAGCUGGAGCGCAGGAAAGAUUCUGGGAGAUGGACUAUGAGUGGCUGGUUCUGGACCGCCGCAUUGGCCUAGAUCGGCAGCUGUGGGAUAUGAUCAAAGCCGAUGCAUCGUUUGAAGCACCAGACGCUCGAUGGGAGGAUGGUGACUUGCACUGUGGAGUGCGCGGCGUCGCCGACUUCCGACCGGCCGUCGAUCCGAGCUUCCUCGAACUCUCGGACUUGGUCGUCGUCUUGUGUCCGGCUCCAGGGUGUCUGCCGCCGGAGAGCUCGAGGCUGACCUGCUGGGCGGUGAACCUUUUCGCGCCCUGCGCGUGGAUGCUCUCCAAAGGCUCCAGCUGGCUGGAGCAACUGGAUCAUCAGGCCGCAUUUCGACAUGAGAGCGCAGCAGCUGCCCUG